AUGGAGAGCAUGCGUUUGCUGAAGGGAGCCACCGAUGUGAUUGAUGUGAGGGAGUUCUACGAGAAAUGGGAUUCGUCCGUGAUGCCAUACUUAGGAGUGGACCAGACAUCACAGGAUGCAGAAAGGGACGCUAUUGCAAAAGAUAUGGAUGUUUCUAUAGAUACAGUCAUGGAACUGAACUCUGUUUGUGGAGUGGAGACUUUGAAGAAUGGUGAUGAACCACCAGAUAUGACUUUGCUUAAGUCUUUCCCGGAUGAUGUGGAUCUCAUGGCUGUCAAAAUGCAAAAACAUGAAAUGAUGAAAAGAAAUACUAGUACACAGUACAAACAGUUCAUCAACAAGAAAAUGAAAUACAAGACUGUACAAGAGAAAAUCUGUAAUUUCAGUAACCUACAGAAUGCCAAUUUAGAAUGUAAGCCAUCUGUGCCGAGUGAAAAUCAAGUUGGACACGAUGUUUUGAUAGAGCUUAGUAUACACACUGCUACAUGUAUGGGAGCUAGUCAAAAUACUCAACCAAAGCUGGGACUUGAUCAGAGGUUCCAGGUCCUUGGAAGUCAGCAUCUGACAGAAUUACGAGACAAGAUUAGCUGCGUCAAUGACCUUGCAAUAAGUGGGGAUUUUAGUGAGAAUCCUGAUGACAACUCUGGUUUCUAUGCGAAGGAUGUGUACAAGUCAGGCUUUUUCUACAUAGAGGGUGUAUUUUAUAAUGAUUUGAGAGAAGUGGACAGUCGUGACUACAGUAGCAUAAUAAGGAGGUGGGCGACUGCGGAAGAUCGAGGGAUUGGACCAAUGACAACUAAGAACAUGCACAAUGCAAUCUUUCUGGAUCUGAAAGUGCGUCUCGGUCAGCCAUACCUCUAUCUACACCAGGGAAAUUGCGAGCACAUCCUCAUCUUCAAUGACAUACGUCUAUUUCACAAUGAUGAUAUCCAGGACCGUAGGGAGUACCCGAGACUGACAUUCAAGAGAACAUACAAACGCUCAAUCUGUCGUGUUUGUGAGAUCCACUCCUCUCGGUGGCUGACUUACGGCAGUGAACAUGCACCCGAUGACCCGUCUUUCUUCUGUGACCAGUGCUUCAGGACACUUCACUACGACAAAGACGGAAAGAAACUUGGAAAUUUCAAGGCAUGCAAGUACUUUGACAAACAAGCAGUUUUGUGAGAACUUCAUGUGGUGAAUGAAAGACCUGUCUGCCAAGGCGUGCAAGCCACUCUGCACUACUCUGUGGAAUUCAAGGACUUGAAAGUGACAAGUUCAGUCUUUGUGUCCCAUUACUGUGCAUUAAGCAGUAACAGACUCCAGUCCCCAUACUUCAAAAGUACACUAAAUAGUCAUCAUGAAUAUGAAGUCACCUGGGUAAUUCUACAAGGGGAAAACACUUUAUUUUGUACCUGUGAUUCUAUCACCUAUCUCAGGUGAGUUGAUACCAGGCCAAGUGAUAAACAUGGAGUAUAAAAAAACCAUCAGGUCCCUUCAAGUACUGGGGUAGUCAUCUAAGGCUGUUUUUGUGUUGGGUCAGGAUGACCUAUAGCCACUGUGUUUCGCUGUAAUGGUGCAUUGCCCGUCAUGUUUAAACUUUUUAUAUUUUAAAUAUCUCAAGUUCCACCAAUGGGAUUUAGCUCAAACUUGCCUGAUAUGAUCCGGAGAGGGUCCUGACCAUGUGUUAUUUUUGAGGUCAGUCCAAAGUAGAAGUGUAAGUGGAUACUGUAAUGUGUAUCAUUGUAUGAUUGUAAGUGGAUACUGUAAUGUAUAUCACUGUAUGAUUGUAAGUGGAUACUGUAAUGUGUAUCAUUGUAUGAUUGUAAGUGGAUACUGUAAUGUGUAUCAUUGUAUGAUUGUAAGAGGAUACUGUGCGUAUAUCAUUGUAUGAUUGUAAGAGGAUACUGUAAUGUAUAUCAUUGUAUGAUUGUAAGUGGAUACUGUAAUGUAUAUCACUGUAUGAUUGUAAGUGGAUAUUGGUAUACAAGAUGGGCAGUGUUCUGUCCAUGCUGUUCUCCACUUUGAUAUCAGAACUCCUUAGUAAGCCCUCAAUACUCUGGGGGUUACACCCACUAUCACUCUCUGCACCCCUGUAAAACUUUUUGGCAAAAUUGAAGGUUCCUUGUGUGACAGCAGUGGAUAAGAGAAAUCUUGUUCGAUACUUUGAUGUACAUCUAACAAAUCUUUGGGUCAUGUAACGGUAUGUGUCACUCCAUUGUAAUAUUCAAACGAGUGUACGAGUCUGUGAUUGGUAAUUUUUUCUCUCCCGAAACCAGCUCUGGACCAAUCAAAUUACUUUGCUUGUGCCUUCAAUUUUGCCAGGAAAAGUUUCAAGUGAUACUAACAGCUGGGUGUAUUGUGGAUGGAAUAGUCCCACUUGUUCUGUAAUACAAAACUGGGAAAAUGUUUUGUUGCAAUAAAAUACUUUGAAAA